CCCGGCGGGGCGGGGCGGGGCGGGGGCUCCCCCUGGCGGCGGGGCGGGGCGCAGCCGGCGCCAUGGCGGAGCUGGGCGCCCACCUCACGGCCCCCUCGGCCGGCGACGACCGGCCUUCCAUCUUCGAGGCGGUGGCUCAGGACAGCCUGAUGGCCGCCGUGAAACCCGCCCUGCAGCACCUAGCCAAGGUACUUGUUGAAUCUAAUCCUGGCCGAUACGGCUUCCUCUGGCACUGGUUUGAUGAGAUCUAUGUCCUUCUGGAUUUGCUGCUCCAGCAGCACUAUCUGACCAGGUGCAGUGCCUCCUUUUCUGAAAACUUCUAUAGCUUAAAGAGGAUACCAAUAGGAGAUCACAGACAGCAGCCUCUGGCCACUGCUGGCCUGCCAAAGAGGCAGCACUGGAAGUCUCUCCUCUUGCUGGUUCUUGUUCCUUACCUGAAAGGAAAGCUAGAGAAACUGGUGUCCAGCCUGAGGGAAGAGGAUGAGUACUCCAUCCACCCUCCAUCAUCAUCCUGGAAGCGCUUUUACAGAGCCUUUCUAGCUGCCUACCCCUUUGUAAACAUGACCUGGGAGGGCUGGUUUCUCAUCCAGCAACUGUGCUAUAUCCUUGGGAAAGCUCAGCAUCAUUCACCCAUGCUGCGGCUGGCUGGUGUUCGCCUCGUCAGACUAACUGCAGAGGAUAUGCAGGCCCUGGAGAAGAAAUUGGCUGGAGCCACCGCAAGUCAAACACACAGCAUUAAAACACAAGUGCAGUCAGCAGUGAGGAAAGCGUUGGCUGGCAUUGCCUUCUCCCUGUCCACCGGGCUGUCCAUCAGCGUGUUCUUCCUCCAGUUCCUGGACUGGUGGUACUCCUCAGAAAACCAAGAGACAAUCAAAUCUCUGACAGCACUCCCAACUCCUCCACCCCCCAUGCACCUCGACCACGGGGCCGGCUCAGCUCUCUUACCCAAACUGAAGACCGUGUGCCCUCUGUGCCGCAAAAUUCGCGUCAAUGCCACGGCCCUGUCCACGUCCGGCUUUGUGUUUUGCUACCGCUGUGUGUACAAUUACGUGAAGACUCACCAGCGCUGCCCGAUCACAGGCUACGCCACAGAGCUGCAGCACCUUGUCAAACUGUACUCUCCUGAGAGCUGAAAGGCCUGCCUCAUGCUGUCAGAGAGAUACAUCUCUGAGGCUAGCGGCUGGGUAGCAGCGAGCCUAAAUUUGCCCCUUCUUAUGUCCCGUAGAAGACUUUCAACCACUACAACUCAUCAGUGAUCUCUAAAGCUCCUUUGAACUUUGGUACAUCAGCGUUUUGCUGCCUUUGCGUAUUCUGGUAAGGCUCUCCCCUUUGUUUAUUAGCUGUUUAAACAUCCUGUGACAGUUUCAGAGGGAUCGGACAGCCACAAUCCUGUCAGCCGGCACAGAAAUGCCUUCAAAGACCAACCGAAAGGGAAGAAACAUUGAUUUGGAUAAGAAGAAUGCAGAUGUGAGGAUCAGAGAGCAUAACUGCUAAAAGUCCUGCUCGAGGGCAUGAGCCAGCAAAUUAAAGAGGUAGGGAAAAUUCUCUAAGCGAGUUAUUCCUCCCUUAGCAGCUUCCCAGGCGCUCCUGCUGCCCCAGGCAAGCUCUGGCACUAGUGCUUGUCAAAGAGGUAGAGACAGGCUUAAACCUCUCCUCUGAUCAUGCUCCUCUUAAGAGUCUCCCUGUGUUUUCAGGCUAUCAGCCUUUGAAUUGAGAACAUCACACCCCUAAUUCCCAUCAACAGUUCUAAAUUAAGACUUUGGACUCUUUAAAGGAACAAGAGGUGAUGUGUACAAACAAGGAUACAAGAAGGACAUUACGUUUUCUGCACGAGGGAGAAAAGUGACAAACCAGAUUAAAGCAGCAACUGUGCCAAAUGAUGAGAGUUGUUUUUUGUUAAAUAAGUCUUUGCAUCUGUUAUUAUCUGCUUUUAUAAAGCAAAAUUCUUUCUUGAUUGAGAACCUUA